AUGAAUAUAUUCAUGACAUUUGUAAUAAAUGUCUUGAGAAAGAAUUUGUUUCAUGGCUUCAUGGUCAUCACUCAAGCUCCCCUAAGGAUGUUACCGUCUCAGAAAAGGAUCAGGACUCCAUGUCACAGUCCUGCCAUCUUACUUUCCUCUUGUCGAGUUCUGAGUGGAAAUAACUGCAUUGUGGCUGCUUUAACCUCAGUCAUCAAAAGAAACUUGCUGUUUUUUAGGCUUGUUCUUCUUCCUUUGUGGUUAAUUUUCCUGUAUAUUGUGAAAAUGGGGGAUUUUCCCUCUGCCCCCACCCACCUAAACACAGCAGCCAUUUGUACCUGUUUGCUUCCCAUCCCACUUGGCACCCACUCUGGCCUCUUGUCAGUUUCCUGUUCCUGGUUCCGUCUUUUUGAAAAAGGUCCUCCUUUGAGCUACAAACAUCUGGUAAGACAAGUACAUCCACUCAUGAAUGCAGACACAGCAGCUGGUGGUUUUGUGUAUACCCGUAAAGACAAGCUGAGAAGCUUACUUUUUGGGGAAGUAAAAGAAGAUGGAAAUGGAUGUUUCAUUUGUAUGAGUUUGGAGCAGUGCCGAAGGCCAAAGCCGCCUACUGGUUUGUAGUUAACCUAGAGAAGGUUGAAAAAUUAAUCCUACCUUUAAAGGGAUUUGAGGUAGGCUGGAUUCCAUUGCCACAGGACUUUAGUUAGAAUUAAAUUCCUGCUUGUGAUUUAUAUCCAUGUUUAGGCUUUUCAUAAGAUGAAACAUGCCAC